CUCACAUCCCAUGGCCGGCCAGCCGACGACUAGCAAACGAAACCGCAACCCUUCUCUAGCCGUCGACGAUAAUACCGCCUAAUUCCACGCCCGACACCAUCGUCAAUUGAAACAAAUCACACCCAGAUCAACCCACACAUUCAAUUGUCAAGAUGCUCAGCUCAUUGUCCAGGGUUUCGAGCCGCAAGGCCAUCUCGACCGUCUCAAGGCUCGCUAAGCCUACCGUUGCCCGUACUUUCAUGACCCCGACUGUUUCGCGGAGAGCCGACUUUGUCCAGGAGCUCUACCUCAAGGAGCUCAAGGCUUACAAGCCCACCCCCAUCAAGGAGUCAGACUCCCAGGGCCAGGUCGCCACCUUCAACCUGCCCCAGGCCCCCAAGUCGCCAGAGGAGGCCGACCUGGCCGCCAGCCUUAAGGAGUACGAGUCCAUGGCCGUCGAGGUCGAGGGCAACGAGGCCGUCGCCGAGGGAGAGACCGCUGUCGUCGAGGACUGGCUUGUCGAGGACGAGGAGGACGUCGCCCCUGCCAAGCACUAGAGAAGGAGAGAAGAAAAUAAAAGUAAACGCUUGAUCAAACCUGGGUUCUUUUUUGUUUACUUUUCUCCCUUUCUAUUUUCCUUUACUUUCCUCUUUUUGUUUUGAAUGCUAUGAAUACAGCGGAAAUGGGGAGGAGGGCAGUUGUGGACGGUCGAUGAAAAGGCUCCCCAAAUCAUCCAUCCUCCUCUGCUUAUAAUCCCUGGCGCAAGGACUGUCCAUCCUUCGUCGCAACACUGGAUGGAGGGACUUAAUCGUCAGACUUACUGCACCUGCUGUGGAAAGCACGCAGCAGCAGCGAGUCGGUGCCGUUGACGCCCCGUCUGUUACGCGCCCACACAUCUGGGUCAGUCAAUCUUUUUUUUGGACUCAAGUGGAACAGUUCACUAGAAAAACAAGAGAGCGUGGGGGUCACAAGGUGUAGGGGGAGACACAGCUGUAUAAUAGGGUCGAUGCGUGGUCUCAGUCACAAAAUCUCACAACGGGCGUGAUAUCUUCUUUCAUCUCAGUUCCAUUAUCGUAUCUUUUCCUUGCACGCUACCGCCAGUUCUCAGGACUCCGUAGUCUCC